AUGGAGCGGUCACCGCGCAGCGCGGCCGUGCCUCGGACUAGAGCCAGCAUGGGCCAGUACCACACACUCAGGUCAUUCGUGGUUACCUUGGCAAUCACGAUAGUAAUAACCAAGUCACCAGUCAGUGGUUUCACCAUACCUCGGCAACAAAGUAUUUUGGAUUCCUUACCAGAUCUUGAAACUGGAGAGAGCACGCAAUUAGAAGUAAGGUAUGAUUUGAAGAUCUCAAAUAAUAGUGACAGCAGUGAUGACAGGAAGAUCAAUAAUUCAGAUUCGAGAGUAAUAGCAAUCAAUGUUCUAAAGAAUACAGAGAAAAAUGACACCUUGCAUAAAAAUAAUAAAGCAGUACAAGUGAUUGUUAAUAAAACUGCCGAUAUGCAGACAAAAAUUCCAGAAAAUAAUAAAUCCGAAAAUCGAUCCGACCCACUGAAUACAAGUUCGGUAGAAGGAGCUAGUCAAUCUAUUACUACUUCUGCACCAAGCACGAGUCAGACAACGACAAGAGAACCUGAAAUUAGUCAAGUGAUAAUUAGUACUGCCACAACACAAACUUCACUUGCUACUGAUUCUCAAAUUAGUACAUCUAAAGAGAGUUCGAAUACCACUGCUAAUGAUGGUAAAGUGCAAAAUGAAAACUAUACAAAAUCCAUAACUUAUCGAAAUAAUUCAAAUUCUGCUAAUAUCAAUAUUACUCAUAAUAAUACUUCCAUUGAAAAACAAGCGGCAACCAAUAUUAAUGAUACUAUCAACAAGAAUAAUACUAUAAAAAAAGUUUAUAAUAAUAUGAUCAACCGUGGCUCCAACAUAUUUAUUUUGAACGACACGGAAUUUAAAUCUGCCGCUGAACGCAAAGACCCACGCUCAAUAUUUGAUUUACAAAAUCUGGAUAGCAAAAACGAAAGCAAUUAUGAUGACCAAGAAGCUGAUCAAACUCAUACCAAAGAACAAAGUUCAACAUCAACUACUGAUACAGCAACUGAGACUUCUACGUAUUAUACUGAUUUAAAUACUGACGUUACAAAAGUCAAUAACACAACAGAAGCGACCACAAAUACAGAUUAUUCAACAGCCAAAACUCUUAACUCCGAUUUUUAUACACUAUCAUUGCCACCUUGGAAAAAAUAUACUACGAUUGAUAGAAAACGUAUAAGUACUGAAGAUACCACAAUAUCAACUAAAGAAAUGGCUGUAGCAGAAACUUCCCAAAUAAGUUUAGAUAAAGUCCUUACUAGUAAUACACUAAUACCAUCACUAGAACAAUUGAAAAAUGAACUCUUAAAUUCUCAAGAGUCAACAACAAGAAAGUUUGAAACACCAAGUACUAUAGAAGCAGCAAACAUAAACAAUGUACAAAAAUCUGAAACGCCGACACCAAAUAUGAUUGUUACAACGGAAAUUGGAAAUACGAAGUUAGAACUGGUGUCAAAAAGAGCAGGUUAUAAAGAUAAUCGAGAGACAACGAUGACACAGCAAGUUGAAGCCACCACCUCAGAGCUCCCCACAAGAGUUAUCAAAAACAACACUGAAAUGUUUAGUUCUAUGUAUGAAACAGAACCCAGCGAAGUUGAGGGGCCAGACACUAAGAAUGACACUGUGUAUGAGUCGCAAAGUCAAUUGGCGGAAGACGCGAUCAAAGAAGAGUUAUUAAAAGAAGAAAUGCUCAAUGACAAUGAAGAGAAUGCUAAGCGGUACGUCUUACCCAAAGUCAAGGGUUCGAAAGAAGAUAGUGAAGGGUUCGUGACUGUACCUGAAACUGACACUGAAGAUAUGCUCAGCGUUAAACCUAUUGGACACGAAAAAAAGAAAAAUACAAUUUUAUAUACUGUUAACCCAAAUUACAAACCACUUAAGAAGAUUGAUGUGCAACCGCCAAAGCUUUUCGUUCGCGAUCCCGAUGACAACAGUUGGAGAAACGAAAGUAUCAGCUCUCUAGGAAUCGUGUUCAAACCAAAGAAUGCAUCAAAAUCGUUUACACAAGUGUUAAAGAAUAAAACUGAAAUAGAGUUAGCGAAUAUGACUGACAAAGAUAACAAAGACAAUGUCCCAGAUUUAAGAGUAAGGUUAGAAAAGAUAGCAGAAGUAAGAAAAUCAAAGAAAAAGAUUAACAAGUUUGGAGAUACAGUAUACAGUGACUACGAGGAGUCAGGGGAAAAUGUAAAUGUUUCUCUUAAAGAAGAGACAACUACACCAUCCUUUGAGGACUCUAUUCUAAACUUCACUCCUCCGCCUAUAUCCAAAUCACUUACAACAGAAUUUGAUCUGUCUGUAAAUGCGAUAUCAACGGAAGGGUUUAACCUUUUCAAAAACGAGAUGAAGCCUUCCCUAACAACAAAUAAACCAAAAAAGUUCUACAACUUGGCAGAGUACUACGAUGCUACUGACGAGUAUGAUGCUGAUUAUGUAAAUCAACACAAAAUAGAUUUGAAGAAAUUUACUAAACCACUAACACCAAAAGAAAACCCCGUUACUCCCCCUACACAGGUAUUUCGUACUCAACCUAUGAGAGAAUAUCAACCCGAGAGAAAAGCUACGCUACAAUAUUUCCCACCUACGCAAAAAAAUACACAAAAAGUAAAUUUAAACGAUUAUGAUGUGGAUUUUAACAGAAAAGUAAAUUUGUAUACCAUGAAAGCGCCUCUUAAACAUUCUUCGCCUACUUCCUUUGGCACAGCAUCUCCCCUUGGCACCGAUAAGUAUCUACCUGUGAAUAAAAUAACAAUGAAGCCCACAUACACCCCAAUGUACCAAACUAACAGCUUGGACAAGAACCUAUACUUGACUACUCAACCACGAGUCCCAGAACCCCCUAGUGGAUUUGUACCAAAUGAUGGAAAUUUCAACAGAGCUUCGUACGUAAUCAAACACUAUCGAGACUUUAUCAAUGAAGCGGCUAAAGAGAGUGAAGACGAAAGAGGCGAGUACCCGUACACAGAGCCUCCACUUCGCGGUGUCACUAUCAAUGAGCUCGCGAAAAUGACCACCCCCAAGGAAAUCAAUCCGGGUGAUGAUGAUUACGAAUACGAUGUGAAAUUCCGUAAAGAUAUUAUGAACAGAUUUGUCGAUAACUUCAACCAGAACAGCGAGAGAUUCAGGGUGGACUUUCCGAUAUUAUAUAACAGUAGUAUCGUACACAGACAAACACCAGAGAAUGGAAGAAUAGCUUCUUCGACUGCAUUCAUAAAGAGGUUGUAUGAAGUGAGCGGUCCCAGGGCAUCAAACUUCUUGUCACACAGAAAGCCGUGCGACCCGCACUGUGACCCAAACCUGACGGUGGAGUUGUCUCCUGCGUAUGAGCUUCACUAUUACGUCCCGGAACAAGAGGAGAAGGAAGAAAUGGAACAGAAACCUGCCACAGUACCAUACCCGUACAGAUUAUGA